GUCUUUCUGCCACCCCCCACUCCCGCCACUGCUGGCGCCUCCUCGUCUCUAUACUUAGCACGUCGUCUCAACUCUUGAUCUCGCCCCCGUCUCAUCCCCAGAGCUUUCAUAUUCAUCAUGGCAACGCUAACGAUCCCCAUCCCUCCCUCUCCUCAUCCAUUGUCGUGCAUGAUCGCCCCGUCACCGACACUCACUCCGACGUCCAUCGACGAGCCGUUCAGCAUGCUUUACAAGGCGACGAGCGGCGACUCGGCCGCCACGCUUGUGGAAUGCGUCGACUCUCCGCCGCUCAAGCGAGUCGCCUCCCAAGUCCCCAGCUUCGCGACAACGGCCACCACCUCAGCGUCCGUGACACUCGACGGCGACGCCCCGGCCAAAGCAGCGAAGGCAGACAAGGCGAGCGCGAAGGCUGCGAAGCGUAAGGCCCGCCGAGACCUCAACAAAGCCAGCCGCAAAGCUGAGGCAACGGCCGCCACGCCAAAACCCCAGCCGUGGGAGGUCGCACUGGGCAACAUCGGCUAUCCCGCAUCCGAGCCUUCCAAAUCCGCACCACAAAUAGCCCGACCAACCCGUUUCGAUCACGCACCAUUCGCGAUACCCUCCGAGAUCGUCCGCGGCCUGCUGGUGCCCAAGCGCACGUUCGAGCUGAGCUGUGCCCCCGCCGUGGCGGCCGUCGAGCGUCUCGUGGCGCAUUACGGCGCGUGGAGCAUUACCUUCGCAGACCCCUCAUAUCGCAUAUACCUCUCGCCCGCGCUCGACAUCGCAAUCAGCUUCAAGCUUGUGCGCUCCCUUCGCAUUGCCGUCGCCUUCGGCGACCCCGCCUGCCACCCUGCACGGCUGCCGAGCGCCAUCGCGGAGUUCCACGCAUUCUGCGCCAAGCGGAGAUGGGGAGUCGCGUUUGUUGCCGCGCGCGGUGCCACAGCCAAGGUCGCCCAGGUCCACCGAUGGGCGACCGUGCAGUUUGCUGUCGAGCAGAUCGUCGACGCCGAGCACAACCCCGUGCUGGACGGUCGGCGGGGGAAGCGGCAGACACUGGUGGUGAAGAAGCUCAUGCGCGACGCCCCGGUGCGCCUGUAUCGCCCCGCCGACGGGCGCGAUGCCGCGCUCGAAGUGCAGCUUCAGAAAGCGUAUGAGACGGUUUACGCUGCAAAGGAGGAGCGGGAUGGCGCUCCUUACAGCACCAAGUUGCACCUCUUCGCCCUCCCCCACCUCACCACGGUGCUGUACACGACCGACGCGAACAACGAGCCACAAGGGCUCGUGAGCCUUCUCCGCGUCGGCGAGGGCGGCUUCCUUCUAGAUCCCCUUGUGGCGACGCCGUCCGCGCCCCCGGGAACGACCGACUACCUCACCGUGCUGGCGAUGGGAUACGCGCGCCGCCGCGGAGCGUCCCUCUCGUUCGGCACCGAGCCGACAUCGCAUGUUGGUGAGGUCAGGGGGAUGCGGCAGUUUAUGGAGGCGGACACCAGGCUCGUGCAUGCCGCGACGUACACGGCCUUCGGGAUGGCAGGUAAGAAGAUGCUCCACGAUAAGUUCCAUCCAUCACGCGCGGAGCCGCUGCAUCUCGUCCUAUGCAGUGACGGGGUGUUGGGACAAAGCGCAGCGGCGGCGGCAGUGUGGAAGGCGACGCACCUCCACUGCCGCCCGGUGGUGCGGCCGGCGACGCAGCUCGUCCAGCAGCACCAGGCCGGCGAGCUGCUCGAGGCGAUGCUUGCCUGCCUUGCGGAACGAGGACAGCUGAGGCCCAGCCAGAAGCCGUACCCUUCCGGAAGCGAUGCGGCGGGCGAUGAGCCUCCCGAGAAGGAAUAGCGUGCGAGCGUAGAUCUUAGAGCCGGCGUUGUAUUAUCAGCCAUGUAUUAUAUUGCCCUUCG